AUGUUUGUUAAGUUAAUUUUUAUUUCCAUUUUCUGCAUUUUGGGUGUCGUAAGUAGACCAAAUGGUGCACCACUAACUGCUUGUGAAACUAUGACACCAAUUCAUCCUGGAUUCCAAGAACAAACGAGUGUCCUUCCUGUAACCUUUGGAAUCGACGAACCAAUAGUGUCUGGUCAAUCAACAAUUAUCAGGAUUUUUGGCACUGACUUACUGCAAUCAUUCGGAGGAUUUCAAGUUCAGGCUCGGACAGAAAACGAUAGUUUAAUUGGAACAUUUCUCGAAAAUGAACUUGUUGGCUUAACAGCUUGUAGAAAUAUUUCAGGAUCAAGUGCAACACAUCGAAAUACAACCCAAAAAACAGCUGUUAAAAUAAUUUGGGUAGCACCAGUUGUUACAGAACCACUUACAUUUAAUUUUCACGUGACGAUUGCUGGAAGUUUUCAAAUAUUUUGGGCUAAUCGCAGAUCAUUGCUUUUCGCUGUUUUACCAAAUGACAUGAUAUCGACAACAACUGAAGGUCCCACAAAAGGAACAACAGAAGGACCAACUACUCCUAAACCAAGUGAUGAAUGUAAUUGCAACUGCAACUGCAAUUGUAACUGUAAUAAUCCUUAUUGUCCAGCACAAAUUUAA